AUGAGCAAUUUUGGGGAAAUCCUGAAGGAGGUUGGGGAGUUUGGUUCAUUUCAGAAACGCUUACUUGCAGCAUUAUGCAUACCAAGCUUUUUUGUUGCCUUCGAUGGGUUUGGUCAGGUAUUUACAGGUAUGAGUUUUGAACAUAACUGUAACACUGACUGGAUCUUGGAACGUGGGCCAAACCUGACAGAGGACAGACAAAGAAAUCUCACCCUGCCACUGAACAAGUAUGGACAGUUUGAAAGCUGCAAAAUGUUCACACCUGUGGAUUUGGAUUUGGAAACCAUUGAAGCAUAUGGGAUUAACAAAACAACCUCAUGUCUAGAUGGAUGGGACUAUCAGGCAUCCAAUGGUGCUUCCAGCAUUGUGACUGACUUUGAUCUGGUUUGUGACCAGAGAGGGCUGGUUGAGGUUUCACAGUCUGUUUACAUGGCAGGUUAUCUGAUUGGAGCUGUGACAUAUGGUGCCAUUUCUGACAGGUUCGGGCGACGCUUCGCAAUCCUGCUCUCACUCUGUGUGGUGAUGUCAUUUGGUGUGGGAGUGGCUUUCUCACCCAACAUCUAUGUUCUCUUGGUCUUAAAAUUUUUCUGUGGGACGUCAGGAGGUCUCAUGAUAAUGCACACAACAGUGUUAGCAAUUGAAUGGACUGAUCCCUCAAAGGCUGCCAUUGUCACAGAGGUCCUUAUUGUAGUCUUUUCCCUUGGACUGAUGGUGUUGUCUGGCAUUGCAUAUCUAGUCCCAAACUGGAGAAUUCUACAGCUGGUGCUCUGCUGCCCUAUAAUCCUUGCUGUGGGAUUUCUAUACUGGUUUCUUCCAGAGUCAGCUCGCUGGCUUAUGACCAAUGGCAGGAAAGAGGAGGCACUAAAGGUGCUUGAGAGAGCAGCCCGGGUGAACAGGAGGAAGGUACCAUAUGAUCUGAUAGACCAGGUAGAUAUGAAGGUUACUUCCAAAAGAAGUAACAUCUUGGACAUCUUUCGAAUACCAUACUUGAGAAAACGAACUAUGAUAAUGGGCUUUAACUGGUUUGCAUGCAGUAUGCUAUACUAUGGACUGGCUCUGAAUGUAGGAAACUUUGGCCUGAAUAUCUACCUCACACAGCUCAUCUUUGGUUUUGUUGAAAUUCCUGGAAACCUGGGCUCUUUGCUGAUACUUCAGAACUUCGGAAGGAGAAUAUGUCAAGCCAGCUUCUGCAUUUUGGGGGGUGCUGCGUGCCUUGUGAUUCUUGCUAUCCCAAAAGAUCUUCCUGUGGUGGUAACAAUCAUAGCUGUAUUAGGGAAAAUGGCUGCCGCCAUUUCAUUCAGUACAGCCUACGUUUACACUCCAGAGUUAUACCCAACAGUUUUAAGGCACAAUGGAGUAGGCAUAAACUCCGUGUGCGCCCGAGUGGCUGGCAUCCUCGCCCCACUCGUCCGACUCCUGGACGUCUUUCAUCACACUGUCCCUAUGCUGGUAUAUGGCAUCAUACCCAUUUUUGCAGGAGGUUCCUGUUUCCUUCUGCCUGAAACCCUCAAUGUUCAACUUCAGGACCAUGCUGCGCACACUGAAACCAAGAAGGAACCCAUAGGAGCUGAACAAUCUACUCAAGAGCACAGACUGUAAUUUGAACUGAGGGAUUUAGCAUUAUGAGUUACUUACGGUGUCAUUUUAGGACACAAAAACCAAUAGGUAAUUAUUACUGUUCAAAAUGCUAAAAAUCUGAAUCAGAAUCAGCUUUAUUGGCCAGGUAUGCUUGAACACAUAAGGAAUUUGACUUUGGUAAACUAUGCUCUCUUUGUACGAGGCAUAA